UCUAACCCUGUCACCCUCACUGAGCGUCUCUGGGAGAUAGCUAGCCUAGCUAUCCAUGAUGCUAAUUCAAUAAGGUUCCCAGUUAGCAGCACAGGCUGGUUGUCAUGGAGCAGGACUACAUUUGAGACUACUUUCUGCCUUUCUGCCUCCGAGUGGAAGCGGUGAUUCUGCAGUACUGUUUUCUGUAGUGUGAGCCAGGUAGUGCUGGGGGACGGAAGGUAGAGAGAGGAAAAUGCUGACUCACUCCCGCUCUGCUCUGCUCUACAGUCUUGGUCCAUCUCCAACUUAGUCUGCUUCAGUUAGGAAAAGUGGAGGACAUGUCCCGGUUGUAUUCCCCUGUGUUACAUUAUACACUAUUCCCCUGUGUUACAUUAUACACGAUUCCCCUUCGUUACAUUAUGCACUAUUCCCCUUCGUUACAUUAUGCACUAUUCCCCUGUGUUACAUUAUGCACUAUUCCCCUGUGUUAAAUGAUACACUAUUCCCCUGCGAUACAUUAUGCACUAUUCCACUGUGUUACAUUAUACACUAUUCCCCUGUGUUACAUUAUACACUCUUCCCCUGUGUUACAUUAUGCACUAUUCCACUGUGUUACAUUAUACACUAUUCCCCUGUGUUAAAUGAUACACUAUUCCCCUGCAUUACAUUAUACACUCUUCCCCUGUGUUACAUUGUGCACUAUUCCCCUGUGUUAAAUGAUACACUAUUCCCCUGCAUUACAUUAUACACUCUUCCCCUGUGUUACAUUAUGCACUAUUCCACUGUGUUACAUUAUACACUAUUCCCCUGUGUUAAAUGAUACACUAUUCCCCUGCAUUACAUUAUACACUCUUCCCCUGUGUUACAUUAUGCACUAUUCCCCUGUGUUACAUUAUACACUAUUCCACUGUGUUACAUUAUGCACUAUUCCACCGUGUUACAUUAUGCACUAUUCCACUGUGUUACAUUAUACAUUAUUCCCCUGCGUUACAUUAUACACUAUUCCCCUGUGUUACAUUAUACACUAUUCCCCUGUGUUACAUUAUACACUAUUCCACUGUGUUACAUUAUACACUAUUCCCCUGCAUUACAUUAUACACUCUUCCCCUGUGUUACAUUGUGCACUAUUCCCCUGCGUUACAUUAUACACUCUUCCCCUGUGUUACAUUAUACACUAUUCCACUGUGUUACAUUAUGCACUAUUCCCUGUGUUACAUUAUACACUAUUCCCCUGUGUUAAAUUAUACAUUAUUCCCCUGCGUUACAUUAUGCACUAUUCCCCUGUGUUACAUUAUGCACUAUUCCCCUGUGUUACAUUAUGCACUAUUCCCCUGUGUUACAUUAUACACUAUUCCCCUGCAUAAUAUUAUACAUUAUUCCCCUGCGUUACAUUAUGCACUAUUCCCCUGCAUAAUAUUAUACAUUAUUCCCCUGCGUUACAUUAUGCACUAUUCCCCUGCAUAAUAUUAUACAUUAUUCCCCUGCGUUACAUUAUACACUAUUCCACUGUGUUACAUUAUACACUAUUCCCCUGUGUUACAUUAUGCACUAUUCCCCUGUGUUACAUUAUGCACUAUUCCCCUGCGUUACAUUAUGCACUAUUCCCCUGCGUUACAUUAUGCACUAUUCCCCUGUGUUACAUUAUGCACUAUUCCCCUGUGUUACAUUAUGCACUAUCCCCCUGUGUUACAUUAUGCACUAUUCCCCUGUGUUACAUUAUGCACUAUUCCCCUGUGUUACAUUAUGCACUAUUCCCCUGUGUUACAUUAUACACUAUUCCACUGUGUUACAUUAUGCACUAUUCCCCUGCGUUACAUUAUGCACUAUUCCCCUGUGUUACAUUAUGCACUAUUCCCCUGUGUUACAUUAUGCACUAUUCCCCUGUGUUACAUUAUGCACUAUUCCCCUGUGUUACAUUAUACACUAUUCCACUGUGUUACAUUAUGCACUAUUCCACCGUGUUACAUUAUGCACUAUUCCACUGUGUUACAUUAUACAUUAUUCCCCUGCGUUACAUUAUGCACUAUUCCCCUGUGUUACAUUAUGCACUAUUCCCCUGUGUUACAUUAUGCACUAUUCCCCUGUGUUACAUUAUGCACUAUUCCCCUGUGUUACAUUAUACACUAUUCCCCUGUGUUACAUUAUGCACUAUUCCUCUGCAUUACAUUAUACACUAUUCCCCUGUGUUACAUUAUACACUAUUCCACUGUGUUACAUUAUACACUAUUCCCCUGCAUUACAUUAUACACUCUUCCCCUGUGUUACAUUGUGCACUAUUCCCCUGUGUUAAAUUAUACAUUAUUCCCCUGCGUUACAUUAUGCACUAGUCCCCUGUGUUACAUUAUGCACUAUUCCCCUGUGUUACAUUAUGCACUAUUCCCCUGUGUUACAUUAUGCACUAUUCCCCUGUGUUACAUUAUGCACUAUUCCCCUGUGUUACAUUAUGCACUAUUCCCCUGUGUUACAUUAUGCACUAUUCCCCUGUGUUACAUUAUGCACUAUUCCCCUGUGUUACAUUAUACACUAUUCCACUGUGUUACAUUAUGCACUAUUCCCCUGCGUUACAUUAUGCACUAUUCCCCUGUGUUACAUUAUGCACUAUUCCCCUGUGUUACAUUAUGCACUAUUCCCCUGUGUUACAUUAUGCACUAUUCCCCUGUGUUACAUUAUGCACUAUUCCCCUGUGUUACAUUAUACACUAUUCCCCUGCAUAAUAUUAUACAUUAUUCCCCUGCGUUACAUUAUACACUAUUCCCCUGUGUAACAUUAUGCACUAUUCCCCUGUGUUACAUUAUGCACAAUUCCCCUGUGUUACAUUAUGCACUAUUCCCCUGUGUUACAUUAUGCACAAUUCCCCUGUGUUACAUUAUGCACUAUUCCCCUGUGUAACAUUAUGCACUAUUCCCCUGUGUUACAUUAUGCACAAUUCCCCUGUGUUACAUUAUGCACUAUUCCCCUGUGUUACAUUAUGCACUAUUCCCCUGUGUUACAUUAUACACUCUUCCCACUGUGUUACAUUAUGCACUAUUCCACCGUGUUACAUUGUGCACUAUUCCACUGUGUUACAUUAUACACUAUUCCACUGUGUUACAUUAUACACUAUUCCCCUGUGUUACAUUAUGCACUAUUCCACUGUGUUACAUUAUACACUAUUCCCUGUGUUACAUUAUGCACUAUUCCCCUGUUACAUUAUGUACUAUUCCCCUGUGUUACAUUAUACACUAUUCCCUGUG